AUGCACUGUCUGCGUCCCGCGCUCCUGGCCCGCCUGGCCCGCUCCCGGCCGUGGGCCCCGCUCUUGCGGCGCGGGGCGGCAGCCGGCGGGGAGGAGGAAGAGGAGCGCUUUGUCUUUCCCGAGUAUGAACCGGAGCCUAGAAAGGCAGCGGCGCCCCGCCGGGAGCGGGAGCCGGGCAGGGAACGGCGGGAGCGGGGCUCCUUGUCGGCGGCGAGGCGGCCCGAUCCCUCGGUGCCGCCGAGCGGCGUGAGCUGCUCGGGUUGCGGGGCCGAGCUGCAGUGCUGUGACAGCGCGGCGCCGGGCUUCAUGCCGGCAGAGAAGUACCGGAGCCUGUCAGACGGCCCGGAUGGCUUGGCGGGGCUGCGGAACGCCGUUUGCCAGCGGUGCUGGAUGCUGUCCCACCACAGCCAGGCGCUGGGGUUGCGGCUGCCGCCCGAGCAGCACCGGCUGGUGGUGAGCGCCGCUCUGCGCCGCCCGCUUCGCCACGGUCGAGGUCCGCUCCUCCUCUACAUUCUCGACCUGCUGGAGCUGCCCGACCCAGUGCUGCCUCAGCUGCAGGGGCUGAUGAGCCCAGACGUCCCUGCCGCCGGGCUGCUGGUGGUGGGCAAUAAAGUGGACUUGCUGCCCGCCGACGCCCCCGGGCACCUGGGGCGGCUGCGGGAGCGGCUGACGGCCGCCUGUGCCCAGGCCGGCCUGCGCGCGUUUCCGCUGGUGGACGUGCGGCUGGUGAGCGCCAAGACGGGCUUCGGCCUGGAGGGGCUGGUCAGCCGGCUGCAGCGGUCCUGGAAGUGUGCCGGCGACGUCUACCUGCUGGGUGCCACCAACUCCGGGAAGUCCACGCUCUUCAACACCCUGCUGCGCUCGGACUACUGCAAGUCCCGUGCUCCUGACAUCGUCAACAGAGCCACUGUAUCCCCGUGGCCAGGAACAACACUGAACCUGUUGAAAUUUCCAAUUAUUAAUCCUACGUGUGAUAGAAUAUUCCGAAGGCAGGAGAGGCUGAAAGAGGAGGCAACAAAAACAGAAGAUCAACUAAGCAGUGAAGAAAGAAAGUACCUUAAUCACCUUAAAAAGCACGGUUACUUAGUAGGAAGAGUUGGAAGAACAUUUCAACGUCAGAAGUCUACUACUGUGGUUGACUUUGACCCUGACAUGCUCUCCUACAGCAUAGAUGAAGAGCCUACACAGUCUCCUAAGAAAGGUGAAGAAAAAGAGGAGUUCACAUACAACGAAGUGAAGGAUGCUCGCUGGUGUUUUGACACACCAGGGAUUAUAAAGGAAAACUGUGUGUUGAAUCUCCUGACAGAGAAAGAAGUAAAGCUGGUUUUGCCAACACAGGCCAUUGUUCCACGGACCUUCAUUCUUAAGCCAGGAAUGGUCUUGUUUUUAGCAGCCUUGGGACGUGUAGACUACUUAGAGGGUAAAAAGCCUGCCUGGUUUACUGUUGUGGCUUCUAACCUCUUGCCAGUCCACAUUACUGCCCUGAGUAAUGCAGAUGCCCUUUACAAGAAACACGCUGGCCAAGAUUUACUGAAGGUUCCCAUGGGUGGGGAAGAGCGAAUGAAAGAGUUUCCCCAUCUUGUUCCUCAGGACAUUACACUGAAGGGAAUUGGUACCACUGAGGCAGUUGCAGAUAUCAAGCUUUCCUCUGCAGGCUGGGUGGCAGUGACAGCUCACGCAGAAGAGGAGGUGCUGCUGCGAGCCUACACUCCCCAGGGCACCGCGCUGGUGGUGCGGGAGCCUCCCCUUUUGCCGUACAUCAGUGCCGUCAGAGGGUCCCGGAUUGGAGCCAGUGCUGCCUACAGGACCAAAAAGCCUCCCUCACUGGUGGAGAACCUGAAAAUCACUGGGAGGAGAUAGUACUUGUCAUUAUGUGAGUAAGGCAGAAGACAGGACAG